AUGAAUACGAUAACUAUUGUGGCUGGGCAAACAGAUGUGACAGGAUCGACGAGCAAAUAUCUUCGUGCUCCUAACGGUACUUAUGCCGAUCGAAUCAGUGCUGCAUUGUAUGUUGCUGACACGCAAAAUAAUAGAAUUCAGAAGUGGUCAAGCAGUGCGCAAGACGGUAUCACGGUAGCUGGAUCUAGCACGUCUGCACCAGAUGCUGACGCUGAAUCCUUAACAGCUCCCUAUGGCAUUUUUGUCGAUGAACAAACAGAGGUUUUGUAUGUGGCUGAUACAGCAAACAACAGAGUACAACGUUGGAUCCCAAAUGCACUUCAGGGUGAUACUAUUGUCGGAGGCCAAGGUAUGAACAUAGUUUUCGCCACGUCACUCCAAUGA